CCGCGUGACUUCACAAGGUCCAUUUUCACGAAGACCACUGACGCAGCAAGGCCUCCGUCUGACAUUCGACAGACAUUACUCAGUUGCUAAAAGACCUUUACAUAAGCUGUUAAGAUGUCCUGGGAUUCCUACAUAGACAAUCUAAUCGGACAAACAAAGGACAGCGCCGGAAGUGCGCAUGUUGACAAGGCGUGUAUCAUUGGAUUGGACGGCGGGGCUCCAUGGACGACGAACGCACAUACAAACGCCUUUAACAUGGCUCCGGAUGAGUGUGCUAAAAUUGCCAAGGCUUUCAAAUCCAAGGAUUUCUCACCAUUCAUGGCAAGUGGAAUACACGCGGAAGGAACAAAGUAUCAAUUUUUGAGAGAAGAGGACGGUAAACUCGUUCUGGCGAAAAAGAAAGACCAAGGAGCUAUUUCAUUACAGGCUUCUAAAACUGCUAUUGUCAUCGCUCAUUGUAAGGAGGGCUGUCAACAAGGUAACGCCAACAAAGGGGUGGCAAUCAUUGCAGAGUACCUUGAAUCUCUGGGCAUGUGACGUCAUAGAACUCAUGCAUAGACUCCUUCAUGGCGGAGAAAAAUAGGGAUGAAAUGGGAAGCGAAAAUGUCAGUUAUGGAUUUUCUUUAACACAAACUCUAGAUUAUCACACGGAACAUUAUAUCUAAAAUCAAGUAUGCGAUUGGACAACAUUAUCACGUGAUAUAAACAUGCUGAUCCAGAAAUGAAGAGACAUCAAUAAAUUUAUGUCAUUGAAUAACAAGACAUUAAGUCAAUCGAAUUCUGUGUCGAAAAGUGAUUAAACGAAAUCCUUCAAUUUUUUACCAGUGAAAUGUCCAGUUAACAGGUCCAGGAUUAAUUAGAGAUAUUCGAUACAGGGUCCAUUGUAUAUGUGAUUUGAAAAGCAUGUAGAGUUUACCGAUUCCAUUUAACAUUUUGUUACGAAUUAAGCAUCCGUAUAGAUGAAAAAGGGAAAUGUGAGAAAUAAAAAACAUUUAAAUUCCAAAUCUUCUCAACUGUAAAGAACCUCGCCGUGUAAGGAAUAUUUCAAGGAUGUGUGAUACUUUUAGCUCACCUACACUGAUGUCAUGUUAAGUCAACAUUAGUUAGAAAACCAAUAUGUACAUAGAAAUGUCUUGUAAACGUAUGGUGCAAUCAUUUAGCGGUAUCUUAUAAGGUAAUAAUAAUGAAGUAAAAUAAACUGUAACAACAUAAAUCACAUUCGAAAUGUAUUAUACAGAUCUAUGUUGAAUUAUAUAUGAAAUCCUGUGUAAACGAAUCUAUAUUUAGUAACGAACACAUGGCCUGUGGAGCUUGACGUUUUACUACAAACGCUAUGUUUUCUUAGGACAUGUGACUUCCGAGUUCAUUAAUCAUUCCUCCAUUAUUGUAUGAGCAGGGUGCAUGUAAUACACACUUUAUUGAACCUUUUGUAAUCAAUAUUGAAAUGUUCAAAUGACACCCCAGCAAAUUCCGACGAAAAUCGUUGCGUUUUCGUAACAUAUCGGAAUUUCCCGAAGUUAGAAAACAUUUCUACAAUAUGUUGCAUGGGCUAUUUUAAAAAUAGAUUUGUAUGGGACAUUUAUUCGCUUCUAAUGGUAAAUAUAAAAAGACGAUGUAUGCAUGAGUUAGCGCGUGCAUCUGCUGUUCAGUGGUGUGCAGAGGUUCAGUGGUCACGGUCAAGGUCAUUUAUUUGAAUGUAGAGCAUACGGUAAACAGCGAUAAGUUUUGCUUUCAAAAAUAAAUACAAUGGACGGAAGGUAA